GCUCGCUGCCGGUCAGCCUUGACAUGAGCACGGAGAAUAAGAGCGCCCGCCGGUUCAGCGGUUCAGUUGCGAGCCGGCUGCCAGCUGAAGCACACGCCGAAAGCAAAUUUCUCCUCCCUGGCAGGCAGCUGUCUUUGCCAAUUUUUCAGAUCGUCCUGAGAGCGGAAGGCAGGCAGCGUGGCGGCGUCGACAAUAAUUCAGGCUUGCAGCCCCCUGCUCGAGGACCUGGGAGGCUGGCUCGUCUUCGGAUGGAUCAACAGCAAACACUCGUUCGAAUCCCCGGCCAAUAAUAGUUGACCCAGUUUUGAAAAUUGUGGACGUUCCGUGCUUUUUGGUUUUUAUUCCUUGUGGCGUCACAAAUGGCAACUGUUAUGGCCGGGGAAGGAGGCUUCAAAGCGCGCGACAUCGGACUGCGAGCGCAGAAGAAGAUCCUAAGUCGCAUGGCCAACAAGAAUGUGGCCAAAGUUUUCAUCGACGACACUACUGGCAGCCUGCUCGACAACGUUUACAAGCUGGCAAAGUCAUAUUCGAACGACAAGAAAGAGUCUGAAAAACUAGUGAAGAACAUCAUCAAGAUCGUGAUAAAGCUUGGGGUGCUGUACCGCAACGACCAGUUCUCGAAGGAAGAAUUGUGUCGGGCCGAGAAGUUCAAGCAAAAGUUCCACUCGACGGCGAUGGCCAUUGUCAGCUUCUACGAGGUGGACUUCAGCUACGACCGCCCCUUCCUGGUCAACUCGUUCGAUGCGUGCCAUCAGGGUCUGAAGGCGAUGGUAGCGCCGCACCUCACGCCCAAGUCCAUCGCGCGCGUCGACUCAGUUUUCAACUUCUUCAAGGAUCCCGCCUUUCUCGACGCCGUUUUCCGCAAGGAGUCGCCGCACAGGGAGUCCCUCGGCAGGGUCGUCAGGGACAUCAAUAAGGCCCUGGAAGAGGGCGGCAUGUAAAUCAUCCUCUCGCCCUUGAAUGUUUUUUGUGAGGUGUUAAUAUCGUUGGCCGUGGACAAUUUGGCACGCACGAAAAGGAAAACUCAUGUUGCUCGAUCUGUUUUAAAGGACGUGUAUGUAAAUGUUGAAAAGUCAAAUUUUGAUUUGUGUGAAUAAGGCUCAAAUUCUGAAAAUCAGAGUGGCGGCUUUGGAAUUUUUGGGACAGAGAGCGGCCAUGUUGUGGCGUCAUCAGUGUCAUGACCGCUGGUGUCCAGGAUUGUUUAAAAAGAAAAUUAUUGAAUAAUUUGUCACCCUUAUGAGCAAUUCCAAAAAUUCCAAAACUUCACAUAAAAACUUAUUUUAAUUUCGAUUUGCAUGCGUCCUUUAAGGGUGUUUAGUGUUUUCUAGAGUGUCCUUGUUACCCCUUUCCCCCACAAAUACACACAACAAUAAUUAUUAUCAGCGGAAGUGGAUUAUUAUAAGCUCAAAACCACUGCACGUUUUCUCUCUGCAACGCCUCGAGCACAAAGAUCAAAGUUUAGCAUAUCUGCCAAGAAAGAGCUUGAACCAAAAAUGAUGUAUAUUCUUAUUUAAAAGCUACGCCAUCUUCUUUUAAGACUUACUCUUCCCCCAAAAUGCGUUUGUUUUAAUAAUUGUAAGCUUCUUUUGUCGACUAUUUAUAAAAACUAAAAAUCUCAAUGCACCAAACAGAGUUUUAAGUCAGUAUUUUAAGUAAAUUUCCUACAAAUUGAAUGCAUAAACACGCACUUGUUCCCAAUAUAAUCACCCUAAGGACCAAUUUUUGACAAUGUGCUUGAAAGCAGAUUUUAUAGUAUAAAAAAAUAUAUAUGCAUUUUCUUUUCCAACACGGCUUUUGUAGGCAGUUCACCGAUUCAGCUCUGUAAAGCAAUUUUGUAAAUCUUAACUAAUGACCGCGAUGCUGCAAGAUAUUUAAAAAUUUCACACUUUUCCAACUACCACCAUAUUCAGUGGAACUUAAUAUUAAUAAUUGUAGAACAUUUCUGUUAAGCAUGAAGUUAAUGUGCUCUCUGUGAUUUUCCGCGUUUAUUUGUGAAUAAUAAAUUUUAAUCAAACGUGGAUUCAAGUAAUUAAUAUGAUUUUGUAAACGUUUAAAUUAAAUAAAAACUGCAAUGAUUGCUA